AUGAAAAACUUGAAAGGGAAUAUAAAAUUACUCACAUCAAAUAUAAAUAUAGAAGAAAAAAAAAAGCUGUGGUUAAGCACAGUUAAAGGGAACGAAACAACAAAUAUAAAGGGAAUAAAUAGCAAAAGUUUAAAAGAUGUUGCUCUAUCCUUUUUUAAAGAAAAGAAUAUUUACAAUGAAGAAAAUUUAAUCGUAUUACACCUUUUCUGUAAAGAAAAAUUAGAUGAAUAUCUUAUAAAUGAAGAGCUUACAGAAUUCUUGCAAAAGACAUUUCUCUUAUAUGAAUAUUUCAUAGAGGAAAAAUGUAAUAAAAUUAAUAAAAAAGAAUUUAUCGAGAAUGUGUGUGACUGUUGUAAGAGAUUAUUUUUAAAAAAUAUUAUAAGGUAUGAGAAGGAUAUUUUAGAUUUCUUAUUAAAAAAUUUAAUAAACUUCAUUAGUAAAUAUUCCUUCUUCCAUAUAUACCAAUCAUUAUAUAACAUAUAUCAAUAUCAAAACAAGCAUUUUACGAAACCACGUGAAUAUAAAAAUGAAAAGUUUCAAUUCUUGCUUAAUAUACAGCAUAAAGAAGUAAAUGGGGAAUAUAUAAUGAUAAACAAUAACACCUUUGAUCUCAAUGCUUUUUUUUUACUAGAUGAAAAUGACGAAAAGCAGAUAAGAGAACAUUUUUAUGAAAGAGAGUCCGAUCAAUAUAAUGACAAUAACGACGGUUAUGACAAUUUUUGUACUUUGCAGAGUGUGGAAAAAUUGGAAAAGGAAUAUACAAAAAAAGGUAAAAAAAAAGAAGUUUCAGAGAAACCUAUGAGUACCAAAAAAAAAGGUACUACAAUAAAGAACAUUGAUAAUCCAUUAUGCUCCAAUCAUAGCAAGUGUGGAUCAAGUGAAACAAAUUGUCUACAGAAGGAAUUUACAUGUUUUUAUUUGUUCAUAUAUUUUAAAUCUUGCUUUGAGAACAUCAAUUUUUAUUUGAUAGAAAAAUUUAUAGAAAACUAUUAUAUUAAUCAUAAUAAUGAAAAUAUUUACAAAGAAUUACUUUUAUUUUUAUUUUUAAUAUACAAGAACAAAAUGAAUAAUAUUAUUGACAGAAUUUUAACAGAUACUAUAAAAUACUCAAAUAUCAUGAACGAUGUAGACAUAAAAAAAAAAAAAAAAAAAUUAUUAAAUGAUGAUGAAACAGAUUUAGUGGAUAGGAAAUUAUACGUGAGUGAUUGCUUAUUUUAUUUUGAACUAUUAAUAAAUAUAAUAACUUACAAAAAUUUGCAAUAUGAAAAUAAUUAUGAAUAUUAUAUAAACAUUCUUAAAUUAUUACACGAAAAUGACACAUUUCAGGAAUUAUUUAUUUCGUCCUUAUUUUUUGUUUUCAUCAGUAUAGAAGAAGUAAAUACAAGGAAUAUGGUGCUAAUGAACUUUAUGAAAUAUCAUUCAAAAAAGUAUUAUAUUUUAUCAAAAUUGUUUAUUCACAUGAAAAAUGUUUUUUCUGUAAUAUAUGACAUUGAUAGUGAACAUAUUAUAUACAACCGUAGCACAUUUAACAGCACACCCAAUGUAGAAUUUGUGCAUAGCGAUAAACAAAAAGAUAGUAAUAUUAACGACAGUUAUCUUUUACAUAUAGCAAAUAACAUACAUAUAGACAAAUAUGUUUGUUUAUUUUUUAGAGAAAUAUAUUAUAUUAUUAGUCGAAGUAAUAUGGAUUAUUUUUGCUAUAUUACCAACUUGUAUCUUUAUAUAUAUGAUAACAUAUUUAAUAAAAUCAUUAAUAUUAUUUAUGAAAAUGAAAUGAAUUUAAAUGAUAAUUCAUUUCAUAUUUGUACAAAUAUUCUUAGACCUUUUUUAUUUAUAUAUUCAGAUUUAUUUAAUAAUUUUUCCCAAAAAUUAAAAAAGAAAAUAUUUAACGAGCGAGUAAUGAUUUAUUAUUCAUUCAUAAAAAAAUAUCUUUUCAAAAAUAUGUAUGAAAAGACAUUUUUACAAAAGGACCUGUUCUAUGUUAUCUAUCAAAUAUAUUUUCUUCUCCACACACUCAAGUAUAAUUUUCUUAACUUUUUAACUUGUUUCAUAACUACAAAAAGAAAAAUAAAUGAAUAUCUCGAAUAUUUCCUGAAGCUGAAAGUUGACAAUUCUAAGCAAAGUGGUGGAGAAAAAAACGUAGAUGAAGCGAUAAACUCUUUACAUGACAAGUGUACCGACGAUGGAACACAAUAUAUGAAACAUGAGUAUGAAGUAGGAAAUAGUGCCUUGGAAAUAUAUGAAGAGGGAGGAAAAGAGAGCGAACAACGGGAUGAACUAUUAGAAAACAAUGAGAAGGAGGAGGAAGACAGUGGAAGAGUUUACGACCCCAUUUCCCCCCACAAUGCAAAUACCAAAAAAAGGAAUACAAAAAAGUCAAGCAAAAGGCCUUGUAAAGAGGGUAGCACAAAAGAAAGCGAAAAAAUGGGAAAACAAUUAAGCGAAAAAGAACAAAAGAACCAAAUGAGUAACAUACUGAAUAAUGAAACAGAUGAUAAGGGAACUUGUGAAGGAACAAAUUAUGCAGAAGAUAAAAAAAAAAGAAUUACUGGUAACAUUGUGACGCAGAAUUUUGCAAAUGCGACAGGUAACAACAGUAUUUGUAUAAAUAAAGAAGAGAAAGAAAAAAUGAGAAUAAUUACUUUUUUUGAAAAAAAUUAUCUCUUAUUAAAAUAUUUUAAGGCUAAUACUGAAAGUACGUUAGACGAAAACUAUACACCCGAUUUUAAUGUAAAUGAUCGAAUGAAGGAAAAUACCAAACUGAAGAAGAUUAUCGUGAAUAAUAACAUUAGAGAUAUCAAGAGCAGGAGAAAUAUCGAUAGCAAAUGUAAAAGCAAAAGCGAUGGAAAACAUAGUAACAGUAACUGUAACAACCAUAGUUACAACAACACAGUCCCUGUGUUGGACGAAAAGUUAAGGUUUAUGAAAAAGUUAAACUCCUUUUUUAAUAAAUGUAAAGAAAUUGAUGAACCAAUUAUUGAACUCUUUUUAAAUAACAAAGAUAAUGUAUAUAGUAAAAUUUUAAAAACUAAUUUGUUAAUAAUAAAGGAAUUAAGAAAUAUAAGAAUGGAUAUUUUAUAUCCUAUUUUUAAUGCUAGUUUAGUAUUUUUGUUUGAUGACUUUUACUUUUUCAUUAUACAAAAUAUAAAAUUAAUUGUAGAAGAAAAGGAAAAAAAGUUAUCAAAUCAUAAAAUUUUUUUAAAUAUGUCCUUUAUUCUAUUGCACAUUCUUGUGAAAGAUGUAAAAAUAGAGAAGUAUUUAGUAUCCAUUUUUUAUAUGUUAAAAUUAACACUAAAUAAAUUAAAAUUACUGAAAAUUUUAGAUCAGACAAAAAGUUGUGAUAUGAAAGAAAUAUACAAUAAAAACACCAAAAAAUUUGAAAAUAAUAUAAAAUAUUAUAAUAUAAAAAAGGACAAAAAUAUUAUAAAAACUAAUUCCCAGGAAAAACAGGAAGACGAUGAAAAAAGUGAUUCAUUAUGUUCGAUAAAUGAAAGGGGUACAUCCUUAAGAACUACAAAUAAACAGUUUAUUCAUUCGAAAUCACUUGAGGAAAAAAUAAAAUUAUAUCAAAAUGUAUUUUUUAUUUUUUUAAAACUUUUACAGAAUAUACUAAAAGUGAAUAAUUUAUAUUACAACUUUAAAUUUAUAAUAUACGAUAUUUUGUUUUCAGAAUAUUCUAAUAAGACCAUAAUCUUUUCGUGUCUAAAGUGUAUUUUAGAUAGAUCAAAAUUAGAAGAGGUAUAUAAUUAUUGCAUAGAUAUACUGGGAAGCAUAAAUGUAGGUAAGGGGAAACUCGAACAAUUACUAAAAAAUGGAAAUAAUAGUAGCGGGAUAGUUAACAAUACAAAUGACUACGAUACAAAUGAGAAAGGGAAAGCGGUGGAAGAAAAGAAGGAAGAUGUGGAGGGAGAAAAAAGGGAAAAAAAAAAAAUUGUGAAAAAGCAAAUUGGACAGAAAAAAAAAACGAACAAAAAAGACAAUUAUCAUGUAAAUACUAACAAUCAUAAAUGCACCAAUCCAAAUUAUUCCUUGGAUGAAUGCAAAGAGUAUGUUUCAGAACGAGGUGAAGAAAAUAAUGUAGUAGAAGUAGCCAAACAAAAUUUAACGAAUGUAGUAAAUCCUAGUUAUCUAUCUUUCGUUCUUUUAAAUAGAGAAUCUUUAAAGAUUAAUUUUUUUGAUCCUGAGAAUGUAAAAAAUAGCAGGAUUUCCACCUUAUACAUUAAUAUAUUAAUACUAUAUUACAUAUUUAGUCAAAAAAAUAAAAAUAAUGAGAAAACUAAAUUAUAUGAUAGUUCUAUAAAAUUAAGUAUUGAAAAUUAUUAUAACAUUAUCAACAAACUGGUUUGUGUUUUAUAUCAAAAGAACUGCUUAAACGCGCACUACGAUACGUAUACAAAAUAUUUGUGCUUAAAAGUUUUUAAAAGAAUUUAUAAUUUAUUGUGCAUACAAGAAGCCGAUAUAUAUAUAAAAUACCUAAGGAGUUCUGACACACAAGGAAACAUUAUGAUAUAUGAAGAUAAAAAAUUAAAUAACAUAAAAAGCUUAAAAAAUGAAUUAGUACAUUUCUUUGAAUAUAUAUCAAAUAAUGAAAUCAAAAAAUAUUUCAAACAAAAUAAGAUAAAUAAUAUUAUAAAAUCAAAGGAAUAUGCAUUUUUCUUUUUGAAUAAUUUAAAAUGUAAUAAUAUUAUACUAAAUGAAGAAAAUUUUUUUUUUAUGAUAAAUUGUUUAUUAUUUCUUUUUAAUAUAAAGUAUGAUAAGGGAACAUUCUACAAAGUUGUAUGCAUUAUUUUAAUUGAGAAAAACAAAAAUGGAAAUUACAUUUUAACAAAAAUUAUUUCUUCUAUUAAGAAAUUUUUCAAAUUAAGCGAAAUAUUUAAUGGUGUAAGAAAAGAAAAUAAAAAAAAUAAAAUAAGAUUGUCCAGUGACAUAACAAAUCACUCUGCGUUGUUAUAUAUUAUUCGAACAACUAUAAUUCUUUUAUUACUAAUUGAUUAUAGUAGUAUAAAUGGACAAGAAAUUACAAAUGAUGAUGACUCUUUAACCUAUUCGAUGUUUAUAAAUGAUUAUAUAAAAAAGAAAUCUUUAAAACAUUAUUAUACACAACUAAACUUUUUGCUUUUCCGUAUUUUCUACAAUGAAAAGAAUUUACCUUAUUUCUUUAAAAUAUUUUUCAGUACAUUAUACAUUAUUUCUUUUAAAAAAUCUAAUGAUAAGGUGAUAUACUUCUUCGAAAAUGUAUUUCAUAUUAGAGAAGAUACCAAUUUAGAAGCUCUCAAGGGUAAACCAAACGAGUGGACAGAAGAAAGACCAUGCGUUAGAACAGAUGAGGGAGCAAACGAAAAAGAGACCAAGAAUAAUCAUACAACUUCUAAUAAUAAGGAUCUGGCCGAGGUAAAUCAUUGCAAGGGAAAUAUAACAAGCCAUAAUAGGGACACAAAGAGAAAGUACGUGAAAAAAGAAAAUUCAGAAGAAGAUGAAAACAACAGCAUUAGUGAUGAUGGGAAGAAAAAUUAUCAUAUAAUAUUACGAAACCAAAGACAAACAACCAAAAAUUUACCUGAUAAAAAUAAAGAAAAAAGUAUGAAUUCUCCUCGUAAUGGUGAAUCUAAGAAUUACAUUAAAAUAGUUUACAGUUCAAGCAGUAACUCUUCUUCAUGUUCAGAUUCAGAUUCAGACGUGUCUUACAAAAUAAAUAUAAAGAAUAAUAACAAAAGGAAAAACAAAAUUGCCAGUAAUAAUAAGAAAAAAAAAGUAAAAAAGGUAUCUUCUGUCGAUUCUACCAACAUAUCAACUGUAAUAUACGAACAAGACACAAAUAAAAAAUCAAAUGAUGAUAAUGGGGAAAAAAAAGGAAAUAUAAAGGAAGAAAUUUUAGAACAUCCACUAGUAAAACAAUCUAAUAAUAAAAAAAGCGAAGAAAAUAAACUUCAUACAAAUGGAGAAAAAAAUAAAAUUUCACAAAAUUUUCAAUUUAAUGGUACACUCAGCGCAAAGAUUUUAAAUCAUUUCCUAUUUUUAUGUAAGGGGUUUCAUGAAGAUUUAGAAUUAAAAAUAUAUAAUGGAAUAAUAACACAUUUACGAGAAAAUGAAAGUGACAGAGAAAAAUUAAAAAAUCUUUUAAGGUUAAAUUUCAGUGAAGAUGAUAAAAAGUCCAUAAAGUAUAUAAAAAAAUUAGAAUUAUUGAAUGUAAUUGAUACAAAAAUCAUCUUUCUUAAAUAUAUAAAACAUAAUUUAAAAAAAAGAAAGACCCUUCUAUCAAGAAUGAGUGAUUUGAAUUUAAAUAUUUUUAAAUAUAAAUCUAUGUUUCAUAUUGAGUUAGAUUUAAUAUAA